AUGAAGAAAACAAUCCUUGUCACUGGUUGCAAUCGUGGUAUUGGUUUCUGUCUCAUUCAGAAACUUAUCAAAGAUGUGAAUAAUAUUGUUAUUGGUACUACUCGUUCAACUACUAGCGCACUAUCCGACUUGAAGGAAGCUAAUCAUGAUCGAUUACAUAUUAUUGAAAUGGAUGUUGGAAUAGAAAAGAGUAUUACAGAUGCAUUUUUAAAAAUAUCAAAUAUUUGUAUAUGUCUCGAUGUAGUUAUUAAUAAUGCUGGAUAUGCACCUGAUAAAACGAAAAAAGGAGAAAAUGUUUCUCGUUCUGAUAUGAUGAAUGCAUUCGAAAUUAACACGCUCGGUCCAUUGCUGGUUAUUCAACAAUCACUUCCAUUGCUUAGGAAUGGUCUUAUGAAAAAAAUUAUUAAUAUUUCUUCAUUACUUGGCAGUCAUGCAAUGAAUCCUGGAAGACAAAUUGCAUAUUCGACUGCAAAAUGUGCAUUAGGUAUGAUCACCAGUGUUUUUGCAAAAGAAUUGGAAAGCGAAGGAUUUACCAUCGUAGCAGUUCACCCCGGCACUGUUGCCACCGACAUGCGACCUGAUUUGAAAUUACCUGGUGCAAUGCCACAUAUACAAGCAGAAGAGAGUGCAGAUGGAAUUUUGAAUAACGCUGUUUUUGCAAAAGACAAUUUAAAUGGACGAUUUAUUACUUGGAAUGGAGAGACUAUGGCAUGGUAA